AUGAGCUCCCCAUCUGACAUAGAUCUGGAGCCAAAGCCAAAAACCCAAUCGCCACGCAGAACACCACCUCAAGUCCCUCAAGAUGUCGAGUCUAGCUCGCAGUCCGACCAAGACAAGAACCUUUAUCCAGCGGACGCCCUUUCAACCCCUCGCCAGAUCCUUUUCGUUGGAACUCUCUGCACAGCCAUGUUCACCAACCAAGUUGGCCUGGGAAACACCCUCGCAACUGUCGGUCUGAUUGGAGAGUCCUUUGGCGUCACCAAUCCAGGUCAACUCUCCUGGCUCAUCGCAGGCUACAGCUUGACUCUCGGCACUUUCAUUCUCAUCGGCGGAAGACUUGGUGAUGAAUUUGGCCAUAAGAAGAUGUUCGUCAUUGGCAUGAGCUGGUACUCGAUUUGGUCCUUGGUUGCCGGCCUAUCGGUCUACUCCAAUCACGUUCUUUUCACCUUUUGCCGUGUGUUUCAAGGCAUGGGUCCUGCUUUGACUCUACCAAAUGCACUCGGUAUCCUAGGCCGGUCUUUUGCACCUGGGCCGCGCCAGAAUAUGGCAUUUGCAUGGUUUGGUGGCGCUGCUCCCUUUGGUGCCAUCGCAGGUUUCUUAUUUGGAGGCCUUUUUGCCCUCGCCUGGUGGCCGUGGAUCUACUGGAGCCUGGCCAUUGCACUUGCUGGUAUUGCUGCAUUUGCUGAGUGGACGAUCCCACCGCCUCUUCAGGAGAAGCAGACUAAGCCACUCCGAGAGAGACUCGAAGCACUCGAUAUCCCCGGCGGCUUGACUGGUGUUACCGCAUUGGUAUUGUUCAACUUUGCCUGGAACCAAGCUGUUGUGGUUGGCUGGAAACAGCCUUACGUUUAUGUGUGUCUCAUACUUGGUGUCUUGUUUGGAGCAGUGUUCUUCGGCAUCGAGCUAUACUGGGCGAAAUUCCCUCUCUUGCCUCUAGCCUCUUUCAACUCUGACAUCGGGUUCGUAUUUGCAUGCACAGCAACAGGCUGGGCGUGUUUUGGCAUCUGGGUCUACUAUAUCGGCCAAGUGGCUCUGGAUAUUGGAGGAAAUACUCCUCUUCAAAUAGCAGCCUGGUUCGUUCCCGUCAUCCCCAUUGGCUUGGCAUCAGCCUUAGCCGUGGGCAAGUUGAUUGGGAGGAUUCCAGCGUCUUGGAUCAUGGUCGUCGGUCAGGCUGCCUACCUCGUGGGCUCCAUCCUCGCAGCAAGUCGACCUCCUCAUUCUAUUUACUGGACCUAUUAUUUCUUCAGCGUCCUCAUCAUUACUGUCGGUAUGGAUACGUCAUUCCCGUCCGCUGUCAUCAUCUUCUCGAACGCGGUGCCUCGGGAGUUUCAGGGAAUGGGUGCAAGUGUUGUCCUGACUGUGAUCAACUACAGCAUCUCAAUUGGGCUUGGAUUUGCGGGUACUGUCGAAACUAAUAUCAACAAGGCGGGAAAGAAUGAACAAGAUAGACUGUUGGGUUAUCGAGGGGCUCUAUGGUUUUCGGUCGGCCUGGCUGGGCUUGGAUUUGUGCUCAGCUUGUUGUUCAUUACAAAGGGACAUUUGUUAAGAAAAGAGAACUAA